AUGGACAGUAUAGGGGACGGAACAGAGAGCAUGGGCUUCGAUAUGCCCAUGCUGAUGAAUCAGCAACCUCAUUUGUUCGGGUCAUAUGGCCAUGAUGGCUCUCCCGUCGCUCCCAUGUUUUCCAAUCCCACCUUUCACGAUGAACCUUCAAUCGGAACGGCGGAUGAUACCAGUGAUGCGAAACGCAGAAGGAUCGCGAGGGCCUGCGACAUGUGUCGGAAGAAGAAAAUCAAAUGUGAUGGCAAGAUGCCCAAAUGCUCGCAUUGUACCAACUACAAGACGGAUUGUGUGUUUACCCAGGUUGAGAAAAAGCGAAAUCCUCCUAAAGGUGCCAAGUAUAUCGAGGGUCUUGAAAACCGAUUAGGGAGGAUGGAGUCUCUACUACGCCUUUCUGGUCUCUUGUCAGAGGACGAUGGAGGAAAAACAGACCUUGGAACGCUGGAGAAACGUCUUGCUGACCGGUAUCACACAAACGGUUCGAAUACUCCGCAUAAUCCGCAUAAGAUCAACAUCCCCAGCCAGAGUCAGACCGCUACGUCACAGCAAAAUAGCUCAUCGCACUAUUCUACUCCUCGGUUGGAGUCUCAAUCAAGCCCACGUACAGCUGCUACGUCCCCGGAAUCGCAAAAGGAAUCAGAAACGGAGGUUGAAGGCCUGUCAGACAUGAUGUGUUCCCUCGUAACAAAUAAUUGCGGGGAAACGCGAUACAUCGGUAAACAUCUCAAUAACUUACGUGGUGAUAGGGAUAAAUUACUGACCGUCCUGAUCGCAGGUUCUUCGUCAGGUUUCUCGAUCUUCUCUCCCAAAGGCAUCCAAUGGGUUAAUGAGAAAACGGGCGACACCUCAUUUCAAGAUAUGAUUUCAUCAGCCUAUGUAGAUGAUAACAAAUGGAUGUACUGGAAGCCUGAAAUCUUUAGCGAUAUAUUUGCUCGCCGCGUGUUCAAGCCGUUGCCACCGAAGGAUGAAGCCAUGUCGCUUUUCAAAGACUUCUUCGACAAUUUCAACUGCAUGUUUCCGCUCUACCACGAGCCGACUUUCAUGCACCUGGUCGAACGACAAUAUUCUCGAGAUCCUUACGAAGGUUCUGGCUGGUGGGCCAGCAUCAACGUUGUGCUAGCCAUCGCUCACAGAUUACGAGUCAUGAGCAAUCUGGUCCCGCAAGAAGAGGACAGGAAAGCCUGGCUGUAUUUGAAAAAUGCCAUGGGAGUACUGACAGAACUAACCAUGCGGAAUACGGAUCUUCUCAGUGUUCAAGCGCUUCUUGGAAUGGGAACUCCAAACCCCCAACCGUCCUUCUUCUUGGUUGCGGCGGCAAUCAGACUUUCUCACAGCAUCGGUCUUCAUAAAAGAGGCUCUGGCUUCGGUCUGAACCCAGUGGAAGUUGAACAACGAAAGAGAGUCUUUUGGAUCGCCUAUCUUCUUGACAAAGACAUUUGUCUCCGUUCGGGGCGUCCCCCGGUACAAGAUGACGACGACAUGAAUGUGGAAUUACCAAGCGACGAUCCACCCGACAACAUCGGCAAUGUCCCAUUAUCUGACGGUAGAAGCAAGUUUAACUUGUUCCGAUCCAUGUGUCGCUUCGCUACUAUUGAAAGCAAGGUGUACAAACGGCUAUACUCUGCCAAGGCGUCAAAACAGUCUGAUGGCGAGCUUCUGAAUACUAUCGGAGAACUCGACAAGGAACUCGAAGAUUGGAAGGACAGUAUCCCACUGGAUUUUCGACCGGAACACGAAAUCAAGGCUUCGCACACACCUCUUAUUCUCCAUGUCGUUGUCCUACAUUUCGCCUAUUAUAACUGUUUAACGACAAUUCACCGUAUGUCUGUGCAUCACGGUUAUUGGACAAGUCGUCUCUCCAAUUACGCCAUCCAGGGUCUGAAUGCCAGGCCCUUGAAUCCUAGGGUCUUCUUAUCGGCAGUACUCUGUGUGACUGCUGCCAGGGCGUCUAUUAACCUAAUUAAAUACAUUCCGCAGGGUGAUUUCGCUUGUGUCUGGUUGAUUCUAUACUAUCCCGUGUCAGCUCUUGUCACACUCUUUGCCAAUAUUCUCCAGAAUCCCAGUGAUGCUCGCGCUCGGUCGGAUGUCAAGUUGAUGAAUGUAGUCGUCAAUUUCCUGUCGACCUUGGUCUCGGAUGAGUCGAACGGCAGCAUCAAGCGAAUGCUUGGUCUAUGUGGAGAAUUCGAGAGGAUUGCGAAGGUGGUCCUUGAUAAAGCUGAGAAGGAGUCAUAUUCGAAGAAGAAGCGCAAAUCCCCCGAGGAACCGGUCAACUUGCAGCAAAGUACCCCCGAAGAGCAUCCCGCACCCUCACCCUCGACAACGCAGCCCACUCAGGCGCCGUCAAGAAAUGUCCCAAUGUCGUCGCCAUUGUUCGCUGAUAAUCCAGGUGAUCCCGGCCGUAAUACUAUGGCCAACGAUGCAGGAGGUUUUGCCUCCACUCGUGAAAUCCCCGAGGCGACUGGUAUCUCAAACAAUAUCCCCCCCAACAUACAGGGUAUGCCCGGAAUCGGACAGGAGUUCCAGGGCAUGCUGAGUCCCGAUCCGCUGGAAGGUGUCAGUUUUGCCGAUCAAGCACCCUUUUCCGCGACCGCAAAUACGCCGUUGUCAUCCUUUCAGCAGCCCUUCGUCCCUCAAGAUUUGUGGCAGAUGCCGAUGACCAUCGAAUGGGACUGGGCAGACAUGUCAACAAAUUUCCCGGUCUUCGACACCCAUGGUCCGCCCCAGGGUGGGCUGUGA